AUGUUUGCAGGAGAUGUGUGCAAUCCAAACCCUUGUUUAAACGGCGGACAGUGUGAACCGAAUGGUUUUGGUGGUGUCGUUUGUCGAUGUCCUCCUGGUUACUUAGGAAACAGAUGCGAAGACAGGGAUCCUUGUACUCCCAAUCCUUGCCUCAAUGGAGGUCAAUGCAUGCCAAAUGGUAUAGGUGGCUUUGUGUGUCGAUGUGUCCCUCCAUUCACCGGACAAUGUUGCGAAGAUAGAGACGUUUGUAAUCCAAAUCCUUGUUUAAAUGGAGGACAAUGUGUAGCGAACGGACCUGGUGGUUUCGUUUGUCAGUGUCCUGUAGGAUUCACAGGAAAUCGUUGUGAAGAUCGAGAUCCAUGUGCCAGCGGACCCUGCUUGAACGGAGGACAAUGCAUUAAUAGCAACGGUGGAUUUCUUUGUGAAUGUCCAUUAGGCUUUUAUGGCAGUCGAUGUGAAAGCGAUGUGUGCAAUCCAAAUCCCUGCUUAAACGGUGGUCUGUGCAUUCCAAACGGUGUCGGUGGAUUUGUUUGUCAAUGUCCACCGGGUUUUACCGGCAAUAGAUGUGAAGAUAGUAAGUAA